AUGGAUGUGGCCAAGUUACAUAACUCUGAUGAUAAUGAGGACAAGAAAGAAGAUGAAGUUGUGCUUCCUGGAUUUAGAUUCCAUCCAACAGAUGAAGAACUUGUGGGGUUUUAUCUGACUCGAAAGGUGGAGAAGAAACCUCUCAGAAUUGAACUCAUCAAACAGAUUGACAUCUACAAAUAUGAUCCUUGGGAUCUUCCAAAAGCAAGUUCAGUGGGGGAGAAGGAAUGGUACUUUUUCUGCAUAAGAGGGAGAAAGUAUCGGAACAGCAUAAGGCCAAAUAGAGUAACAGGGUCUGGAUUUUGGAAAGCCACAGGGAUUGAUAAGCCUAUAUACAGUGUUAAAGAACCCCAUGAAUGCAUCGGUCUGAAGAAAUCAUUGGUGUAUUACCGUGGAAGUGCUGGAAAAGGCACCAAAACUGACUGGAUGAUGCACGAGUUUCGCCUCCCACCCAAUGGAAAUUCCACCAUUAAUCCAACACCUGAUCAUCUUCAAGAAGCUGAAGUGUGGACGCUAUGCAGAAUAUUCAAACGAGUCCCAUCUUACAAGAAGUACACACCAAAUUUGAAAGACUCAGCAACAAUCACGAAACCGAACCCCACAAACUCUUCAAGUUCCAAAACAUGCAGCUUAGAAUCUGACAACAGCAAGCCAUACUUGACUUUCACAAACUCACCAUCAUCGCUGCUCCUUCAUCAAAACGACCACCAACAUAACCACAUACUUCUAGGCCAUGUUCCUCAGCCUCCAACAUCCUUGUCUUACUCAACUUUUUGGACCCAUCAGAAUCUGGAAUUUGCUAACGAGAAUUGGGAUGAUCUCACAUCUGUGGUUCAGUUUGCUGUUGAUCCAUCCAGGGUUUCUGAUCAUUGUAAAUAG